AUGGCCCGGACCUGCCGCGAGUCCCAUUUUUAUUACUACGGCAUCAAAUUCGCGCUCUCCGCCUACGCCACGCUCUUCUCGCUGCUGGGGCUGCUGCUGCUGGCCGUGGGGAUCUACGCCGAGGCGGAGCGGCAGCGGCACCGGACGCUGGAGGGGAUCUUCCUGGCGCCGGCCGUGCUGCUGCUCCUGCUGGGAUCCGGCGUCUUCCUGGUGUCCUUCGUGGGCAUGGUGGGCAGCCUCCGCGACAACCGCGCCCUGCUGCGCACGUUCUUCUGGGUGCUGCUGCUGAUCUUCCUGACGGAGCUGCUGCUGAUCCUGGUGGAGAUCAUCUUCGAGAGCAAGAUGAACGAGGUUUUCCACUCCAACAUCCAGGAGGGAAUCCGGCACUACUACGACGACCUGGACUUCAAAAAUAUCCUGGAUUUUGUGCAGGAAAAGUUUUCCUGCUGUGGAGGGGACGAAUUCCGGGAUUGGGAAGUGAACCAGUACCACCAGUGCAACGGCAGCGGGGCCCUGGCCUGCGGGGUGCCCCACUCCUGCUGCGUCAGAGGGGCUCCCGGAGCAGUGGUGAACACCCUGUGCGGGUACCGCGCCCUGGACAAGGAGCGCCUGGAGCUGCUCGGCACCAUCCACGUCCGGGGCUGCAUCCACGCCGUGGGGCUCUGGCUCAAGGACAACUUCCAGACCACCCUGGCCAUCGUCUGCUCCCUGCUGCUGCCUCAGGUGCUGGGGCUGGCCAUGGCCUGGCUGCACUGGCAGCAGCUGGACGAGCUCCGUUCCCGGUGGGAUUCCGUGGACUCGCGGCCGCUCCCGGCGGCUCCCGGCGCGGCCCCGCUGGAUCUGCGCGGCGCCGGCUGCUGCUGGUGCCUGCCCCGGGAGGGCGGCUACGGGACUCCCCCGAGCAGCUGGACCAUGCUGGAGGAUGAGGAUGGGAUGAGCGAGCGCGGCCUCGGCGGCUCCCGGAGGAGAUUCGAGGAUGAGGAAGACUACCACUCCAUCUACAUCGGGGUGCCGGUGCCGCGCGGCUUCCGCAGGAAACGGCGCCGCCGGCGCUCGCCGGGCUCCAGCCGCGAGCGCAGCGGCAGCGAGCGCCACUUCGGGCCCCGCGAGCCCUCGGACACCGACGAGGGCCAGGGCUGGCCCGAGAGUGGCAACGACAACGCCAGCAGGACCAGGAAUUAA